AUGGGGGUGCGCGCGCACCUCCUCGUCGUCCUUUGCAUCCUCGUCGCCGGCACAAGCACCGCUCAGCUUUUGCCGCCACCAACGGCGCUGCCGCCGCACGGCCCGGCACCGCAGAUGAAGGCACCGCCGUUCGGGCGCGCCAUGAUGAUGGUCAUCACGGUGGUCGCCGUGGCCAUCGGCGUUCUCUUCGUCCUGCUCUUCUUCUGCGCGUACGUCACCCGGUGCCGCCUCGUCGAGGACCACGACGCGGCGCAUGGAGGCAGCGUCGCGCCGGGCGGGGUGUCAAGGCGGGGGAAGCGCGGGCUGGACCCGGCGGUGGUGGCGACGUUCCCGAUGGUGCCGUACAGGGAGAUCAAGGGGCACAAGAUCGGCAGCGGCGCGCUGGAGUGCGCCGUGUGCCUGACGGAGUUCGAGGACGCCGACGACCUCCGGCUGCUCCCGCACUGCUCGCACGCGUUCCACCCGGAUUGCAUCGACCCGUGGCUCGAGACGCGGACCACGUGCCCUCUGUGCCGCGCCAACCUCGAGAAGCCACCGCCACCGGCGCCACCGUUGGCGCCGCAAGCCGUCGUGGCGAUACCGGUCGGGGAGGAGACAAACAUCGACGUGGAUGCCCGGAAGGAGGAGGCCGCGGAGCUGGAGAAGCUGCGCAGGGAGCGCCGGGCGGCGAGGCUGCUGAGGUCGCACUCGACGGGGCACUCGGCGGGGCAGUGCGACUGCGAGGACCACGAGAGGUUCACGCUGCGGCUGCCGGAGCACGUGAGGGAGGAGGUGCUCAGCAGGUGCUGCGCGAGGCCCGCUGUGGAGAGCCUGAGCGGAGGAGGGUGCGCUGUGGGAGAAAGAGGAGGCAGCUUCCGUGGUGACGCCGGAGGAGCCAGCGGCGGCGGCGACUGCAGCCGCGGCGAGUGGCGGUGGCAGACGCUCCUGGCCAGGACGAUGCCAUGGGCCCGAGCGGAAGGUGCGGGAUGA